AAAAAAAAAAAAAAACCUUUUACGUUGUUCUUGGGGUGUAUUGACAGCUGCAGUUUUUCUAAAUUUUAAAAUUGUAGGCCGGACUCGCCAUGCCUACUGUCAGCCUAAAGUGCGAUCUGCUCUUCCGAGCUCUGGGCCGGCCCUACACGGACGGAGAAUUUGAUGAGCUAUGCUUUGAAUUUGGUCUGGAACUCGAUGAAAUUACAUCAGAGAAAGAAAUUUUAAGUAAGGAACAAGGUAAUGAAAAGGCACAGGGGGCCUCUAAUGUUCUCUACAAAAUUGAUGUCCUUGCCAAUAGAUGUGAUCUCCUGUGUCUGUAAGGAUUGGUUCGAGCACUUCAGGUCUUCAAAGAAAGGAUAAAGGCUCCAAUGUAUAAACGGGUAAUGCCUAAUGGAGAAAUCCAGAAAUUGAUCAUCACAGAAGAGACAGCUAAAAUACGCCCGUACGCUGUUGCAGCGGUUCUCCGAAACAUAAAGUUUACUAAAGAUCGAUAUGACAGCUUCGUUGAACUUCAGGAGAAGUUACAUCAGAACAUUUGCAGGAAAAGAGCCUUGGUUGCUAUUGGUACCCGUGACUUGGGCACUUUGUCAGGCCCAUUUACUUAUACUGCGAAGAAACCUUCCGAUAUCAAAUUCAAGCUAAAUAAGACCAAGGAGUAUACAGCCUGUGAACUGAUGAACAUAUACAAGACUGACAACCACCUUAAACAUUAUUCACAUAUAAUUGAAAAUAAACUUCUGUAUCCGGUUAUCUAUGAUACCAAUGGUGUCAUCCUUUCAAUGCCUCCAGCCAUCAAUGGAAAGCAUUCCAAAAUAACAGUAAAUACUAGAAAUGUAUUUAUUGAAUGCACAGGGACUGACUUUACUAAGGCAAAAAUAGUUCUUGAUAUCAUUGUUACCACGUUCAGUGAAUAUUGUGAGAAUCAAUUUACAGUUGAAGCAGCUGAGGUAGUUUUUCCUAAUGGAAAAUUACAUACCUUUCCAGAACUGGCUUAUCGAAAGGAGAUGGUGAGAGCUGAUCUAAUUAACAAAAAAGUUGGGGUCAGAGAAACUCCAGAAAAUCUUACCAAGCUUCUGACCAGGAUGUGUUUAAAGUCAGAAGUCAUAGGCGAUGGGGAUCAGAUUGAGAUCGAAAUCCCUCCGACCAGAGAUGACAUUAUCCACACCUGUGAUAUCAUAGAACAUGCAGCUAUUGCUUAUGGAUAUAACAACAUUCAGAUGACUCUCCGGAAAACAUACACCAUAGAUAAUGAAUUUCCCCUAAAUAAACUCACAGAACUCCUGAGACACGACAUGGCAGCUGCUGGAUUCACUGAGGCACUUACCUUUGCUCUGUGCUCCCAAGAAGAUAUUGCUGAUAAACUGGGUUUGGAUAUCUCUGCAACAAAGGCAGUCCACAUAAGUAAUCCUAAAACAGCUGAAUUUCAGGUGGCACACACAACCCUUCUUCCUGGCCUCCUAAAGACCAUAGCUGUGAAUCGGAAGAUGCCCCUUCUUCUGAAACUGUUUGAAAUCUCUGACAUUGUAAGAAAAGAUUCUAGCAGAGAUGUAGGUGCAAGAAACUACAGUCAUCUAUGUGCUGUUUAUUACAACAAGAAUUCUGGGUUUGAGAUAAUCCAUGGGCUUCUGGACAGAAUCACGCAGCUACUUGAUGUGCCUCCUCGUGAAAAGAAGAGAGGAUACCUGAUCAAAGUAUCAGAAAGCCCUGCAUUCUUCCCCGGGUGAUGUGCUGAGAUCUUUGCCCGGGGUCAGAGCAUGGGGAAGCUGGGCGUCCUUCAUCCUGAUGUUAUCACCAAAUUCGAGCUGACCAUGCCCUGCUCUUGCAGGGAAAUCAACACUGAGCCCUUUUUGUGAAGAUGGGUCUAUGUUGUGUGGUUCUCGCCCCGAGGGUCCCUCUCUCCUCCCAGGUGCCCUUUAGUUGUCCCCACAGUAAGUCAGUCCACUUGUACUUGUGCGUUAAUGUUGAAUAAAAUAGAAAGUAGUGUCUGGCUCCGUGGGUGGUACUGCCAUCCCCGCGUCAGGCCAGCUUGUACUACACACGCACACACACACGCACACACACACACACACAAAAUUGUAGUUAAAGCUCAAUGUGGUGAUUUUGUGUGACGUCCAACUGAACGCCUUUUUAAACCAUGGUCAGAAAAACUUGUGUGAUGGAGAAUCUUUUUUGUGACUUAACGGAAUUCUCGAAGUGUUUUUUCACUCCGCAAAGUUCAAUAGAAUUCCCAGCAGUUUGGAUAUAUUUUACCAUAGUUCUUUAACAGCUAAGCUCUCAGCAGUUAUAUUGACUUGAGUUUCUAUCGUAGUGAAGUUGAAAGUAUUGGCCUUGCGAGGUAGCUGAGGGAUUCCUUUUUUUCUGUAUAGAUCCUUACAAUCAAGCCAGUGAAAACAUUUUCAUUUUGGGGUUGGUAGAUGCAGACUGUUAUGUUUAGAAGGGAUAAACAACAAGGUUCUGCUCUAUAGCACAAGGGACUAUAUACAAACCCUCGGGAUAAACCAUAGUGGAAAACAGUAUUUUAAAGUAAGUAUGUACGUUAUAACUGAGUCACUUUGCUGUACAGAAGAGAUUGGCACAGCAUUGUAAUUCAACUCUAACAAAUUAAAAACAUUUUUCUUCGUGUCAAACUUAGUGCUUGAGGACGUGGAUUCAUGUUAGUUUCAUUGGGCUGGCCAAGAAGUUCAUUCAGGUUUUUCCAUAACAUCUUUACUUUGGUAUUAAAGUAAUGGAGGUCUGCCAAUAAUCACCAAUAAUUGUUCGACUUACAGACCAUGUCUGUAUACUGAGAGUGCAUAGUGGAAUUGACUGGAAUAAUGUAACUGUAAGAAUCACUACCUUUUCAGUUUAGUUCAUUUCCAAUGUCAGUUAUUCUAGAAAACUUAAGUGUCAAGUUCUUGUAUAAAUUACAGUCUGGGGCCCUCCUCCUGAUUUUUUUUUUCACUGACGUGUUCUGGGAGGCCUUUUUUACAUCCAAUCCCUUCUUACGGUACAUGUCCCACAGUUCUUUAGUGGCCACACCAUCAAUUUUCUCUCUAGGGACUCCUUCCUUGAGGAGGGCCAUGAACAUGUCCUUUAUGGAUACUCUUUCAUUCCUUUUGUUUUGUUUCCUAUCCUCUUUCCUCUCAAAAUUCCAUUCUCCUAUAUCACCCACUUGGCAAACUUUAUCAAUUACUUCAUUGAUGGGAACGCCUGUUUCACUUAACAAAAGAGUUAAAAUGACAUGCUUGUAGCUUGGAGGGGCCGUUUUAAAGAUCUUAUUUCUCAUUUGUACUGUUAGAGGCAUGUGUGACAUCUCAUCUGCAUGUCCCACAAAGAUGGCACUUUUCAUGGCCUCCUCCUUCAGUCUCUGAAUGCAAUCUUUUAACGUGUACCAAGGGCAGUCGCUCCCUGGCCAGGUAGAUUCUAAAAGGUAUUUCUUAAGGCACCCUUCAGCCACCAACUCCAGCAAAUUUGAGUCUCCGGGAUUUUGAGUUUUAUCUCUAAAGGCUUGUUGCACAAAAGAAUCAUUGCUGAUAGUGCCAGAUUUCUUUGCAUCCCUGUCAUGGA